AUGAGGAGGGAGAAAUACAAAUCUUACGACGAAAGAGAGGCCAACUACUGUCAAGUAUUCGUCGAGCACAUGGCGAAAGAUGCCUUGACCUGGUUCUCUAACCUCCCUGCCGAGUCGAUCGAUAACUUCGACGACCUAACCAAUGCUUUUCUGAAGCAUUACUCCAUGCACAUGACCCGAAUCACUCGGAACAUGUUCACCACGACGCAAACCCAAGGCGAACCAUUGCGCAGCUUUAUGGAAAGGUUCAAACAAGCAGCUCGCCAGCCGACGAAGCCCGAGCAGGAACCGCAUCACAUCAAGAAACGGGCAACAGAUGUCGCGACGCCCGAUCUCGACGACUCUGACACGUUUUGCCGCCUCCACGGAACCGGUGACCACUCUACAAGAAACUGCCGACGCCUAACUCGCGAUCUCCUUCGGAGAUACCAGCACGGGGAGCUACCACCGAUAAAAGGGGACCGCUCUCGUCACAGACGAAAGCCGGCACAACCCGUAAUCCCGGAAAACACGCCGGAUGACAUGACGAACUACUCCGACGAAUCAGGGCAAGAGAUUAACAUGAUAAUGAGCAACCCCAUCCAUCGCGAUUCCAUCUCGACGAUCACGGAGCAUGAAUACGCAGCGGUGGAGCACGAUCGCAACCCGACCCGCGAAGAAAUCCCCACUAUCAUCUUCACGGAUCAAGAUACGGCGGGGCUGGAUACCCCUCACGUCGACCCACUCGUGGUCAGCUUGCACAUCAGUGACUCCAGCGUAGCAAGAAUCCUGAUCGAUACCGGGAGCACGGUGAAUCUAAUCUACAAAGAGACCCUCAACCGCAUGGAAAUCAGCAGAGACCAGAUCAAGCGUUCGUUGUACUCCCUCACCGGGUUCACCUCCGAACACGUCGCCAGUGAAGGCACGAUCCGCCUACCUAUCCACGUCGGCGGAACAACCAAAGCCGCCAAAUUCUUCGUCAUCGAUAAACCAGCCAUUUACAACGCCAUUUUAGGCACCCCAUGGCUCCACGAGAUGAAGGCCGUCGUCUCGACCUUUCACCAAUGUGUGAAAUUCCCGACGCAAUCAGGAAUUUACACACUGAGAGGGAAUCAAGGGGCGCAAGGUCAUGCUUCCUCUAUGAGCGACGGCUCCGCCUAG